UGUGUCUUAACUGAUAAGAAAAAUGGGAGGUUUUUAAAGAUUGGGUAGCUGUUGCAUUUUGCAUAAAGCAACUAGAGAAAUGUAGCAAGUUGAGGAAGAAAGAGCUCGAAUAGGACUGGAGUCUGGCUGAUGUAGAGGCUUUGGAUACUCUUCCUGACUGUAAAUCUUAAGUAGAACAACCAAUGGCCUUGUGGAGACCUUCCCCAGCCUGUACCAUUCAUGUAUCUGGUGCAACCUCUACAGUCAGUCACCGACACUUGCCCUGGGUUGAUAAACAGAGACUGGGCCUUUGGAUCUUGGCAAUUCUAACAGUUCCCAUCCACUUCAUAGAAGCUAAUGGUUAUAAACCAUUCUGGGGCCUAGAAAAUGAGGCUCUGAUUGUGAGAUGUCCAAAAAGAAGAGCACACCUUUCCCCUGUAGAAUGGUAUUACUCAAAAACAAAUGAGAUUAUUCCCACCCAGAAAAAAAAUCGUGUGUUUGCCUCAGGGGAACAUCUUAAGUUUCUCCCAGCCAGCGUGGAUGAUUCUGGAAUUUACACUUGCAUCAUCAGAAGUCCCACCUUGAAUAAGACUGGCUUUGCAAAUGUCACCAUAUAUAAAAAACAACCAGAUUGCAAAAUUCCAGAUUAUUUAAUGUAUUCAACAGUAUCUGGAUCAGCAAAAAAUUCCAGAAUUUCUUGUCCUACAAUUGACCUCUACAAUUGGACAGCACCUCUGGAGUGGUUUAAGAAUUGUGAAGCUCUCCAGGGAUCAAGGUAUAGGACACACAAGUCAUUUUUGCUCAUCAACAAUGUAAGGAGUGAUGACGAAGGUGAUUACACCUGUAAAUUUAUACACACUGAAAAUGGAGUCAGUUACAGUGUGACAGCGACCAGAUCCUUCACGGUUACACAUACACAAGGCUUUUCUAUGUUUCCCACAAUUAUAGCCCCUCCAUACAAUGAAACACAGGAAGUGGAAAUAGGAAAAACAGCAAACAUAACUUGCUCUGCUUGCUUUGGAAAAGGCUCUCAGUUCUUGGCUGCCGUCCUGUGGCAGAUUAACAAAACCAAAGUGAGAGACUUUGGUGAAGCAAGAAUUCAAGAGGAGGAAGGCCAAAAUGAAAGUUUUAGCAAUGAGCUGAUAUGUCUGAGCACAGUUUUAAGAAUAACUGAUGUGAAGAAAGAGGAUUUGUCCUUGGAGUACAACUGUCUGGCCCUGAACCUGCAUGGAAUGAUAAGGAAUACCAUAAGACUGAGAAGGAAAAAGCCAAUUGAUCAUCAACACAUCUACUAUGUAGUUGCAGGAUGUAGUAUCUCGUUAAUGAUAAUCAAUAUCUUGGUGAUAAUUCUGAAAUCAUUCUGGAUUGAGGUCAUUCUGCUCUGGAGAGAUGUAGCUAGACCUUACAAAACUAGGAAUGAUGGAAAACUCUAUGAUGCUUAUGUUAUAUAUCCACGGAACUACAGAAGCAAUUCAGAAGAGGCCAGUUCUGUGGAGUACUUUGUUCAUCAGAUUCUGCCUGAUGUUCUUGAAAAUCAAUGUGGAUAUAAAUUAUGCAUUUAUGGAAGAGAUCUGCUACCUGGAGAAGAUGCAGCCACGGCAGUGGAAACCAACCUGAGAAAAAGCAGGCGACACGUGUUUAUCCUGGCUCCUCACAUCACACACAACAAAGAGUUUUCCUACGAGCAGGAGAUUGCCCUGCACAGCGCCCUCAUCCGGAACGACUCCAAGGUGAUUCUAAUAGAAAUGGAGGCUCCGGGAGAGACAGGUGGACUGCAGGUGGAUGACCUUCAAGAUUCCCUCAAGCACCUUGUGAAAGUGCAGGGCACCAUCAAAUGGAGGGAAGAUCACGUGGCCAAUAAACGGUCUCUGAAUUCCAGGUUCUGGAAGCACGUGAGGUACCAAAUGCCCAUCCCAAGCAAACUCCCCAGCAAGACUUGCACAACAGGGACCAGCGCUUCUGUUGACGCAUGCACACGCCUGAGUUCGCAGCUCUCCUGACUUCUGGGGUGGGUGCUGGGAUUUGCCUCUGCACCUGUUCUGAAGUGGGAAUAGAAGGAAUGUCCAGGGUAGUCAGCCCUCGGGCUCCAUCUGUAACUUUACUUCUGUUUUCCUAAUUCUAGGUGGAUACAACUGCCCAGAAAAAAAAGUUUACCAGCCCUCCCCCAUUUUGUUUUGUUCUGUUACAGCGUAGGAUUUUUUUUUCCCCUUCACAAUGCUUUUGAUUCUCUGUUUUGUUCUUUUUCUCAUUCCUCAUGGGUAAUUUACAUUUUGAACUUCGAACUGGAAGUUUUAGAGUUAAAUUUUGGUGUCAUCUCAAAGAACACUCUGAGAACUGGGUACAGUGGCAAGCACCUAUAAUCUCGGGGACUCGGGAGGCUGAGGUAGGAGGGUUGCAAGUUUGAGGCCAGGCUGGGGAACUUAGCAAGGCUUUGUGUCAAAAUUAGACAUAAAAAAGGGCUAGGGAUGUAGGUCAGUGGUAAAGUGCCUCUGGGUUCAACCACCUGUUAUGAAAAAAAACCCAAAAAACCAAAGCCCCCAAAAAACAUUCCUAUCCCCACAUACAUAAAAUCAGUAGUAAAUCUUGUUCCAUCAUGCUACAAUUUAUUGUAUUUUAUUUAAUAAUUGUUCAGCCUUACUAUCUAAAUAUUCACAUAUUUUUUUUUUUGGAAUGCCUUAUCCAAAUUGCCAUUAAAAUAAAACAAAAUUUUUCAGUUCUAAGAUUUCUUUCACGUUUAUAUUAUCUUCAGUAAUAUUAUUUUCUUAUUAUCAAAGUAGACAGAAGCAUAUUGUAGACGAACAGGAAAUAUAAAAUGGGAAGUUAAUAAAAAUCACUCAAAUCCAUGAUCUUUAGAUUAUUUCUGAUAAAUGUUUUUUCUAAUUUAAGAAAGUUCCAUAUUUAACUGGCAAAAGAAAGCUGAAGUACAGACUCUUGUCUGGGAAUGUCAUCUUGAACUCACUGUCAUACCUUUCAGGAUCCUGGGUUGAAAUAAGUCAUAUGUCCAGAAGUUUGUCUAAAGUAUAUAGAGUUACUCUUCUUUCUAGGUACUCUAUACUCUUAACCUGUACCUUGAGAUUGGGUUGCCAGAUAAAACACAGAAAAGCAGUUAAAGUUGAAUUCAGAGGCUGAAAUUUCAUCUGAGGUUGAUCUGAAAUUCAAACUUAAGCUGGACAUCCUGCAUUAUUAUUUUGCUAGAUUACUGUACCUUUUUUUGUGGCAACAUCUGAUUUUAUUGCAUUACCAAAAAAACUGGAUGCUGCAUAUCUGACUUGUUCACAUCAUAGAACUUAAAAUGAACAAAUCAUUCUGUUUGGGAUCCACCAGGAAUAUGACCAUGAGGAAUUUCCUUAACUUCAUUGAAACUUAGUUGCCUUAGGUGAAAUAAAUGUAAUAAUGCCAAACACUUUGGUUUCUGUGGUAAUAGUAAAAACAUAUAUUAGCAUUGCCGGAAGAAUUCCAUCCAUGGUGACAGUUGUAAUUAUGAAGCCUCCCUGUGCUUCUUGUAAUGCUGAUUAUGUUCUGUAACACCUCUCAAUGAAGACUCCUAAACAAUAAAUUAUCUGCAGUCUCA